GUCACAUGACUCCCAAAAGGAAUCGACGUAUUCAGUUCUCCGAUUCUCUCACCGCUUUAUAGAAAUGGCUAGUAAAGCACAAACUAAAGGCUCUCUGGCUGCCAAGAAGAUGGCUGCUGGUGUUAAGAACAUGUGGGAUUACGCAAAGCGAGACUUCACCGAAAAUGCCCCUCAAGUGAAGCAAGACUUUAUGGAUAUGUUGGACUAUGCCAAACAUAAAAGUCAAAUGCUCAAACGUCCUAGUCUACCCGGUCCAGCUGAGAUCAACACUCAACUGGAGAGAUCUGUGAAUAUAGACGUCGGAGGAGAUCUACUCACUCACUUUAAAGAGGAAUGGAGUGCUAUACACUUCGCAACACAUAAUUCGGGGGUGGAAGCUACAAGACUAGAUUCUGAAAUUGCACAGAUUUGCGAUUCACUUUCACAAGGUCACACCAUCAUACAGCGUUGUCAUGACGAGUUUUCACAAUUACCGGAAACUAUCACUGCAAUCCAGGAAACUCAAAACAAAGUGAACAGUUUGGGUGAACUUUUACAGAAACUUGAGGAGAGUAUAACAGAAUAUGCUCGCGUGAAGAGCCAACUUGAGAGCGAACGAAAGCUUCAUUCUAUUAGGAUUCAAUACGAGAAGCACUGUGUCGAAGGUGAUAGUAAAGUGGAGCAACUGAAGAACAUUUUGGCUCAUGAACGGCAAGAAACUAUCGAUCAAAAGAAGAAACUUGCGACUAGACAGCUACAAGAGAGGCAGAACACAUUCCAGAGUAUGUUCAACGAGCAGAUGGCUGAGUAUCGAGAGAAGGGAUCAGUAGAGCGUCCAAUCAGCGGAGAGGACCCGAGGGAGAGAGCUGGUUCGUCGCUGGAAGAGGUUGUGAUUGACGACAAAGACGGGAGUGCAUCACUCAGUGACUUCCUGAGCGAUGUUGUGAUGGAAGAGCUGGAGAAUAAAGAGACAGAGGAAGAGGAGGAAGGGACUGACCCUGUGGGAGGCAAGGAGUAGAUACGAACUAUUUGUGUGUGCAUAAAAUUAUGUGUGAUAAAAUUAUUAGUUUAACUUUAGUAGUUUGUACAUUAAUUUUUGUUAUCACUUUUUAAUGUUGAUUUUUAAGUGUGGUUACCACAGUAUG